ACUGACCAGUGUCUUGGAACAGCCGCUCUUGCAAGAACACGGGCCAGGCCGAUAAGAACGCGCGACCGGCACCGAGAGGUGGGCGACGUGCUCCGUGGCCAUGCCUACGACGGGGACGCCGGACGGAGGACACGCGUGCGUGCGCUGCGCGGGGGGAAACCGGAGCGCGCUGCUCUUGACGCAAAGGGGGAGGGUUACAAGAGCGGAGGUGGCCCUUAGGUCUCUUUUCCGCCAUGGGCCGGCCUUUGGCGAGCGAGCGAGCGAGCGAGCAGCUGGCCUGCUAGCAGCAGCAGGGGACGAGGAGGAGCGAGGGUCCAAGAGGCCGAGAGGAGGUGGCGGUGGUGCUGCUGCUGCUGAAGCACGAGCGGGGCGAGCUCAGACCUGGUCGAGUUAGCUAGCGGGCUGCGGAAAGGGGGAGCAGAUUGCGAGGUCUGGACGGACAGAUCUGAGGGGAAAAGUCGUAGCGGGAGCGGGCGGAAACUGCUGUCGGAGGCGGAGAAUCCGCUUUUGAAAAUUUUGAACAGUGUUGGAAUACGGCGAGUUUCUGAUCUGCACAAGAGUGGCGAAGGUGGUGGUCAGCCGAGGAGAGAGCCGAGCCGAGCAGAGGCGAUUGAGGCUGCGGCUCUGGGCGAGCUGCGGCUCUGGGCGGCUGAGCGCUCGGUGAGAUUAGGCUGGCACAUUCGUGGGGGACGUCGGCUUAUCGGAGUGCGUAAUUUAUCGGCAAGGGUGCGUUCAGGACCGGGUCGGAGAAUUUCGAUUGGCCGUCAGGUGAAGUUGUCGGGAAGGAAGAGAGUUUUUGUAUGUCCACGUCGUCCGACCUCGGUCGUGGGCAAGAGAGCUGUAUGUUUGAGGCGCACAUUUAGUCGACUUCAUGGGGCGGAAUAGAGAGUGAAAUCUCUUGCGCUCCGAUUAUGGGACCGAUGCGCAAGGGCCCCUGUUGCCGAGGCAGAGGGGAUUGCCAGGGGUGAGACCAUUGAGGGAAAAAUUUGGAGGUGUAAUCCGUUUUGGGCUAUACAGGGAAUUGGGGGACCUGUUGCCCCCGCUCGAUUGCAAUUCUAUGUGCGACCAAUAGACUCAGGAAAAGAUGGACGGUGAUGACGAGUUUGGGGAUCUAUACACAGAUAUCGGUCCAGAAGAUGGGAAGACCUUGGACCAGUACGGCGGUGAAGGGGACGGGGAUAUGUACGACGAAGACGAUGAAGCGCUGCUCUAUGGAAGUUCGACGCCGUCGCUUGCUCCCUCGUCGAAGGCUCCUUUGAUGCCCCCAUCUACAAUCCGCAACAGCGGAUUACAAACUGGAUUGGCUGAGAAAGAAGUGGACAAUGACGAGCUGCUCUUGUAUGGCCAGCUGUAUGGGGUCACACUGGAGACCACUGUCAAGGCCGAGAGCCCUCUGCGCCGAGUUGAAAGCAAACCGAUCUCCAGCUUCAGACCGGAGAAGAUCAAAGACUCCUUGGAUUCCAGGGUGCUGGAGAGCGGUGAAGACAAUGAUUUUGAUUUAUCUGAAGAGGAUAGGUUGAAUAGUGCCGGAGAUCUUAUAGGGAAAAGCAUAGAAAUACCUCUUGGAGGCGUCGGCAGCAGUGCUGGGGGUGGAGAGAGGGGUCUGCCUAGAGAUUCUAUACCGUUCCCCCCUCGAAUGUUCGACGUUUUUUCCAACCGGAGCUUGGCACCAGAAAACGAUACUACUAGUUUACUUAGAUUACCGCACGUGAACGAUGUAUCAAUGCAAAUCAGCUCGCCACCCGGAUUGUCUAGCAGUGGCCAUAUUCCAGCCGAGUUUGCUGCUGAAGAUGAUAUCGAGGAACAGCACAUGAGGGAGGACUGGGAGGAGGGUGAUGAUGUCGCUGGUGAAGAAGGAGGGGAGGCUGAUGCCGAAGAGUGGGACGACAGCGACAGCGAAGAUGACCUGCAGAUUGUCUUGAAUGACGAAGCUCCUAUUUACGCUGCGUCUGAAAGACCUGUGGACGGGGAUGUAGCUGAAGGUAGUGAGGAUGAGGACGAAGAAGACUUAGUUAUAGUAGCAGGUGAUGAUGAUGGACCCAUAGAGGAACAGGAAUGGGAAGAACAACCAUUAGCCACGGAUUGUCUCCCUGGACUUUCAGGAGCUCCGAUACCUUUAGGAUCAGAGAGGCCUCCAGGUGCGGAAGAAAGAGGAGCCAGCGGGAAAGGAAGCGGAGCCGGAGGAGCGAGUCCUGGUGUUCCACGGAUAGGCUACAGCGGUCAAGGGUACCAUGCUCCCUACAUGCAAUUCAAGUAUGUGCGACCAGGAGCUGCUGUGUCGUCCGGGAUGGCCCCACCAACUCAAGGUUCACCACAGCCCUCGGUCUCAGGUGGAAGAGGUGCACCUGGUGUGCCGGUCGGAGGAUGGGGACCUGGGAAAGGAGGUUCCGGGCGAGGGGACUGGGCAAGUGGUGGUGGAAGAGGUUCUUCUGGACCGAGGCCAUCUCAAGGUGGUGGUGGCAUGACCCCUUGGGGUAGCUCACGUGGCUUUCCAAAUGGGAUGGAGUUCAAUCUUCCGCCCACCAAGACUGUUUUCGAUGUGGAUCUUGACGGUCUGGAAGACAAGCCGUGGAGAAGACCGGGCGUGGACAUGACGGACUUUUUUAAUUUUGGAUUCAAUGAGAACACAUGGAAGCAGUAUUGUCGUCAGCUGGCGCAAUUACGUCUUGAAGCCACUAUGCAGAGCAAGAUUCGUGUUUAUGAAAGUGGCCGUUCUGAGCAGGAGUAUGAUCCUGAUUUGCCCCCUGAGUUGGCUGCCGCGGCUGGCAUCCAAGAAUCCGGUGAUCCUAAUAUGCAGCAGCAGCGACCCCAAGAUGGUGGUCCUGGUGGAGGAGGUGGUCGUGGUCGUGGGUCUGGACGUGCUCGGAUGAUGCCUCCUGCUGGACGUGCUAUACAAGUUGAGGGAGGUGGAGGAGAGAGACGCCCUUCAGCGGAUGUUCGUCGUCAGCGUACUCGUGAUUCUGAUGCAGUUAUCCAGAUUGUAUUGCAAGAUGCAUCUGAAGAAGAUCUUCCUGCCUUAGUCCCCCCACUUGACUCUGGGAUUGAUGAUUACAUUGAAGAGGAUGAAGAUCGCGGAGGUGGUAUGCAUGAGCAAGAGAGAAGAUUUUACCGACCUGGAGGUCCCCCUCCUUGGGAAAUGGAAGGGCCUCCCAAUAUGUGGGAUAGAGAAAAUAUGCCAAUGGGGCCAGGUGGAAUGCCAAUGGGUCCACAUGGAGGUGGCAUGAUGCCUGGUCAUCGGAUGGAUGUAGAAGGCCCUGGUCCAUUUCCCGUGGGCCCUGGAAUGGCCAUGCAUCAACCAGGCCCGGGACCGAACUUUGGGAUGUUCCCUGGUGGACCAUUUGGACCACCCCCAGUCGGAAGAGGUGGAAUGGUAAGGCCUCCACUUUACAAUGGUCCCAGGCCCGCUCUUCCGUUGCCCGUCCCAGGGCCACCACCAGAGGUGUUCCCUCCCAUGAUGGUUCCACUUGAGUAUCACGAACCUCCUAGACGGAGAACACCGCCUCACCUGACUCCUCCUCGAAGGACUCCACCGCAAGGGUUACCUAAGGAGUGGGAUGAGGAGCCCAGCAAUGGCAGUGGAGCUAACUGGGGGAUACGUGACCCCCGCAAUUUGAGAGAAAAUAAAGAGUACGAUGGUAAUGGAGACUGGCCUGCUGACGAUGGAGAGAGACGGGAUGGCGCUUAUCCUGCAAGGCGUGUGAGGGACCAUGAUCGAUCAACACUUCGAGAGAGAAGUGUUGACGAGCCCUCAGUAGACCAUAGGUCGGAGGAGCAUAAGAGAUCCAUGUCGCGUGAUCGGCACUUGGGAGAAAACGACUGGGACGGUGGUUAUAGCUCACGCAAUUCGAAGAAGCAAAAGGUCCAGAUACCAGCAGAAACCAGGUCCAAAGACUAUACUCAUACAAAACCACAAAAGAGCAACCCGAUCAAAGAGGAACCAACACAUAGUUGGGAUAUUUCAAAAGAGCGAUUGGGCGUGGAAGAAGAGGUUUCUCAACAAAGGAGGCUAGAUGCAGGUCAUAACAAGUCAGUCGAACGGAAAGGACCUACAUCAGCUGAUGAUUCAUAUGCUGCCCAACGGAAGGAGCCUGCAUGGAAUAGCAAGCAGGAUGCUGAUGAUUCUUAUGCCACGCAGAGAAAGGAGUCCACCUGGAAUAGCAGGCCGGACGAAGAAUCCAAGGAGAGGAGACAACACCGAGAGAGGGAGGAAGCUCAUAGAAGGAAGAUGAAGGAAGAAGAUUCUCGUCAACAUCGUAGCCGGGAAGAUCAAGAGCGGGAGAGGCGAACUAGGGAAGAUCUGGACAGAGAGAGGCGACAUGGCAGGAAGGAGAAGGAAGAUGAAAGGUUAAGUAGAAGCGAUAGGAGCAAACGUCACGCCGAUGAUCACUCUUGGACUUCUAGGGAGAGAGACGAAUCCCGAGCUAGAGAAGAAGCCAAGAGAGCAUCUGCUGAAAGGGAAGCGGAACGAUUAAAGGAGAAACGCAGGCGUGAGGACGAUAGAAGCAAGGUCAAGGGACGUUUGGAGGAUCCAAGAGAUAGUGACGGGAGAGGACGUCGGUACGACAGAGACGACGAGAUCCGAAAUUGGGACGACAGACGAAAGUAUGACGAGAAAAGCAGUCGUGUAGACAACGCCCAUGUAGCUCGCAAUCACUCCAUUGAAUCUCGUAGGACAGGAGAUGACCCGCGAUCACAUAAGGAUAAGCGUGGUUGGGAAGGAACUUCAACGAAGGAAAUACCCGGUGACCGUAAUGGGUCUGUCUCAGGUGUAGGUGAUGACAAGAAUUAUCGUUCUCAUACAGAUGGUAGUAAGAAACGCAAGGUUGAAGAGUAUCGGACAAGUGCUCAGUUUGACAAGGCAUCAACGAGGGACUCAGAUGAAUUGGCUCCAUCAAGCGCUCGACACAAGGACAAAAAGGUCGGACCACCGAAAAGAGGACAAGAUGAUCAUUUCAAUAGAAGGCCACAGGAGAAAGACUCCGGAUCCCGGCAACACCGAGGAUCUAAAGACGACAAGCCGCAACAGUUGGACACUGGGUCAUCGGAAGACGAGGAAGAGGAACGAAGAGGACGGUCUAAGUUGGAGCGAUGGACUAGCCGGAAGGAAAGAGAUGCUGUUGCUGCACAGGGUGCAGAGAACAGGAAGAAAUACCAGAGUUCUGACGUUGGUCAUGAAGAAGCUCCGUCGACCAGUCAACAUGCUGGUUCAGAUAGGCAGCUGCGUUUUCGAGAGCAAGACUGGAAGGAUGAUCGCAAGGAGAAGCAGCGUUUGCCUUCAUACUCAUCAGGAAAAAGGCAUUCGGAUUCAGAUGUGAAAGAGUCUUCUACUCCAGUAACAGCUGCUGUCGCUGGUGGCGAUAGUGCGCCAGAUCCUCAACCAGCUAUUGCAAAAGACAUUGCUGAGAAGAGAAAGGAACGAAUUGAACGGCUGCGAUUGCAAGCGGCUGAGAGGCAGAAGAAUGGUGAAGACUCCGUUCCUCAAGCUGGCUCAGUUGAGGAAGUGAAGCAAGAGCGUCCAGCUAGGAAGCGAAGGUGGGGCAAUGGAUAACGUUGUUUCAUUCUGAUAGUCAUUUAGAAUGUAUUUUUAGACAUUCGCUUCAAAAUAUAUACAUCAUUUGCACAGGCACGUGCUUGAGAAGUAGGCCUUUAUUUGCGGGUAGUUCUUACUUCUAGAGUGGACACGUUGUUCUGAGGUUGAGGUCCUCAAAGCAGAAGUUUGAUGCUAGUUUGGAGUGCCUUUAAAGUUGAGUGAUAAGGUCUGUGUUUGGUAGGCCUGUCGCCCUAUGUUGUGGUGCCACGCUUUGCCCAUCUGAUGUUGAAAUAAGUAUCGGACUCGGAAGUAGGCAGGCGAUCCCUGCUGUAGUAGUCAGGUUUGGAGCAUGGGGAAAGUAUGGCGAAGAUGAUGCGGCUGAGUCCAGUACAUGAAUCCGGCAGAAUGACAGAAGUCGAUCAUCCACUUUUGCAUGUGUGUUUCCAUGGAUAGUCCUGCAUUCAGAAGGAGUUGAAUUGAACAUGAAGAAUGUGUUGUAAACGCCACACAUUCGUUAUCAUACCAUCAAGGCUGGAGAAGACUUGCUGUAGCUGAGCCAGAGAUUGGAGCCAUGGAAGGGUGUGAGCUGUCACCCAGAAGGGAUGUUGAUGUUAUUGAGAUGCUGGUAGGGAGUCCUCGAAUAGAGUAAAAACCCCGUGGUGAGCUUAUUCGUGUUUGUUUAGAUAGGAAAUAAUUCUAAAUGUGUAGAAAGCAAUUUUGCAGAUAUACUAGAGGAUCAGACUUAGGAAGCAAAAUUGAAAUCAUGACAAGAUGUUCCGCAUGCUUGGAACUCGGGUGCUUUGUAAACAGGUGAACCAAACUUAGGACUGUAUAAGCACACACUAUUCUGUAGAUAGCGAUCCUGUAGUCAGCUUCGGCUGAAUCGCUCGAUUUGAUGCUGUGAGUGAACUGCUCCUGCAGGAUGGGUGAAAUGCACUCACUGUCAGUGCGGUGCCAGUGGUUACCCUUUGAGGUGGGCCUGGACUCUGAGAUCUGCCGUGAAACACGUAGCAUGAUGUCACAGAGUUCAUAUGAUGUUGACCUAACAUUCAAUACAGGUGAAGCACCUGACGGAAAGUUAUCACUAACGUCUGUAGGCAGUUCCACAAAGGUGGUGGUAACAAAGGUCGGGAACAAAGCAGCGUAAGCUGUGGGUGAUGAUG